UUUCCCCAAUAUUUGCUCUCUCUCUCUCUCUCUCUCUCUCUCUCUCUUCUCUUCUGUCAAACCCAUCUUCCCCUCCUCUAGUCUCCUUUCGGCACCCGAAGAGACACUAUGAUCUCAUCCUCCUCUUUUCCGAGCGUCUCCUCUCUUUUUCAAUCCAGCUGUAGUUCGUGACGGGAUAAAAAUACAGGAAAUCCUUUAGACCUCUCUUGCAGAACAAAGGCAUAGGAUUCUUCUUGUGUUACUGCGUCCAGCUAAUAGCAGCAUCCAGGUCCGAGUGGGCUCUCUCUCUUCCCCUUCUUUCUUAUCCUCCUCUAUCUUUUCUUGGAUCCAGGAGUUAUAUGGGGUCGUUAGUAUCUUCUAAGAGGGAAUCUAGGAUGGGUGUCUUAGAUUUGCUUAAGAUUAUGCCUAUGCGGCGUAUUUCGUUCGAGUGUCGUCUGAAUAUAACUCCAUUUUCAGAAUAACCCCCUCUUCUUCUGCACAUGCACCGGUACGAAGCCAUCGAAACGAAGUUGAAAUCUAAAUCUCUUGCGAUUCCAUUGCCUCUUCCCCCUCCUUAUGCUCUCUGCUCUGUCUCUACUUCUUUGUGCGUGCAGCCUAUAAGCCUUUUGGCCUUGUUCCUAACAAAACUGGCCAGGGAGUUAUAUGAUUUGCUUCGGGCUUAUGGGCUUGUUCUUGCCUCUUCCGGCCCCUGUCUCUCGUUCGCUCUCCUUCAUUCGGUUCUGCAUCGUUUUCUUUGUCGCAUAAACCGAUAUUUCAUGUGAUGGCAUUUAUGUGGCUGGCAUCAAAUCAGGUGAGGGUAGGAGGAAAAGAAAGGUGGUCUGGUUCGCUGUGGGGUUUGGUGCUCUCAUAUAUAGCUUGUCCUUUUUUUUUUUUGAGGGGCUGCUGUUUGGAGCUGAAGUCCUUGGUUGGUUAUGCUGGAGGCCAAGCAUAAGAGCAGGCCCAGUUGCAGUAAGCCUCUUGGGGCUAAUACUGUUGUAAUUUCGAGUAGCAGGAAAAAGGAGGCCGCCUUCCUCAGAUGUUAUCCAUUGAAAACCUCUCAGACUCCUCGGUUCCCUGCAAGGCUUCAGCACUGAAAAGUGAUGAGAGGGCUUCUAGUACGCUUGCCUUCCAAGAGGCAGCAGAUCCUAUAGGCCUUGCUGAGACCCAGCCCCCUCAUUUUUCUAUAAGGGAUUAUGUUUCCACUUCGCGGAGCAAAGACGUUGCGAAGAAUUGGCCUUUUCCUCUCAAACUUUUGCAGCUUUGCUUGGAGUAUGGUGUUAAUGAUAUAUUGCCACCUUUUGAACCGCCUGAUUUGGUGAGAGGCCAGUGCUGCAGAAGAGGAGUAGAAUUCGAGCAUCCAAUCGCAUGUUCGCAUGGUGAACAAAUCUCAACAGAGGUCAAAUCACUUGAAACUAAAGAUAUUGGUCCAAUUGAUGAGGAACCUGAUAGCAUCAAGCAUGAAUUCUGUUUGCCUCCAGAUCAGUUGGUUGUAGAGUGUUCGGAUCAAGCUCAGCACUUAUUAUCGAAGUCUAGAAAAUCUAAGGUCGAUCGUGGAAUCCUUUCAGAUGAUGAACUGAUAGGUGUUGAAGCUGAACCAGUCUCCACCAUUACGAGUCACGAUCAGAUCGAGAGAAUCUCAGGUCAGAUCGGCGAGCUUCCUUGCACAGGAAAUGUAAACAAAAGUGCCUCAGAAGUGUCAUCAGAAUUAGAGGUCGAGGAACCUCCUUUACUGCCGGAGAAGCUUGAAGUCAGAUGUGAACCAUCAGAGAAGAAGAGCAGGUUAAUUGUAAAAUCGAGCAGCACAUCCGAGACCAUCCGGGUGGAAGAUAUAGCAUCCACUUCCAGCACUGUUUCAGAUCCCAUGGCUUCAAAGGUUUGCCCUGUUUGUAAGACAUUCACAUCCACAUCAAACACCACUUUGAAUGCUCACAUCGAUCAGUGCCUCUCUGAGGAGUCUAAUACUAAGCAGGUCGUGACCAAGCUUUCAAAACUCAAAGUGAAACCAAGGAAGAAAAGGUUGAUGGUGGAUAUCUAUACGACUGCACCCCACUGCACGAUCGAAGACCUUGAUAGAAGGAAUGGCACAAACUGGGCGGUAGAUUUAGCUUUGGUGGCACCAACCACUGAGGUUAGCAGUGAAAUCAAAAGACCAAAGCUGUCGAUAUCAGGUGCUGCAAAUGAUGGAAAUGAAGGGGCUGUUUAUGUUGAUUCGAAUGGGAUGAAGCUUCGGAUUAUAUCUAAGUUCAAUGAUGUACCACCAGUGAAUUCAAAGGAGAAUUGUAAGCUGAGGAAGCAUGUGAAAGGCAUUAGAGCAGACAGGAGUUCUUUGAUCAGCAAGAAAAAAUGUUUCAAAUCGAAGUACUCAAAGUGUAUGAAAACUAAUCAACAGAAAAAAAGAUUGUGCUCAUUCAAGCUGUUUAUAGGCAAGACUCCAGCGACACAAAUUGGAGAUUGCCAUUCAAAUACUUAUGACGACAAGGAAGAAUCCCUAUCAUGCAUAUUAAAUGCUGAAGACGAGGUCAAGAGUUGUGGUCCUGGAACAUUAAGACAGUGGGUAUGCUCUAAACGCUCGGGUCCCUCGAGAAAACUCUACAAGAAAGGCACCCACAAAAGCAUGGAAAGCACUGUGCCCAGCAGUCUGGACACUUCUGUGGAAGGUAAUCAGCUGGAUCCAGGUAAUCCUUCUGUUGUUAAAAGCCAUAUUCUGAAACUUUCAAGGUCAUCUGAAGUCUUGGCCUCUUCUCCAAAAACCAAAAGAGUGGAUGUUCUAUCCAAUUCUGUCCAUGCCACUCAUAAUUGGAAGACAAGACCUCCAGAACUGCCUGAAUCGAAUUCUAUAAUAUCUCCUGAAAACACUUCUUUGGCUAGUGGCCUUAUGCUGAAACCAUCAAGAUCAUCUGGGAAUUUUGUUUCCUCACCAAGAAGCAAAAGAGAAGAGAUACAGUUGGGUACCAUACAGAAGUCUGAUAAUUCUUCUGGCAUUAAUACAAUACCUUCUGAGUGCUGUAAUCCCUUGAUUAAAACCAGAAAAAGGUUGAUGUCAAAGAAGAAUGUUUUGCUAGGAAAAUCAUCCUCUUUGGUAGAGAGCAAAGGUGAUGAAGGCGAGAAAAGAUUGACCAUUAAGAAGUUCCGUAAGCAUAGAUCCAUAUUAGUCACUGGUAAACGGAGAGGAAAGUUACCAUCUGACAUCAACAAAGGACUGCAUGGUUCUACUGAAGAUUUUGGCCUUGAUCAUUCUCCUAGAGCUAACGAGACGAGCAGUGCCCAUCAACUCAAUUUAUCUGAGAACUUAACAAUCUCCAGAGUUCGAGAAUCUGAACAAGAAAGAGAAGGCUUCUGUGCAAUGGUUAAGCAGGAGCAUACUAAAAAGAGAUUGCAUUUGGGAGCUAGAGCUGACUGCUGUGUUUCUGACUUUGAAGCUUCAGAUAUGCAGUGUGAGCCGCCCUUGGGCUGUGAGUAUGCUGCAAAUGAGCCUUCCAUGGAUAAAGCUGUUGAUGAACGUGGUGGCAGUGAAAAUCUAAUUAUUCAACAUUUGACACCAGCUUCCAGUCCCAGAUUGAACCCAUGGCCAUCUGAGCAAGAACAUGGAGAAUCUUUCUGUAGAUCUGAAGCACCUGUGGAAGGUGGACUGAAUGAUGAGCAAGUCGUGCAAUGCGAUGAUUUUACCAGCAACAAAAUCAUCAACAAAAAUAUUGAACGGGCGGCCGAGGAGGGAAACUUAUGCAUAGUUAAGCAAUCAGAAGACCAAAUAAGUACUUCCAUCAAAGUGUCUUCUACUUGUUUGAUUGUCCCUAUGGACAUGGUUCUUGGGUUUCCUCAGGAGAAUUCAUCAAUACCCAUGGUAAGGACGACGUCAAGUCAAGAUCAUUAUUUGGCUGGUGGUAUAGAAACAUCUGGUUCUCCUGCUCCAGCUUCCUCAAACAUCAUCUUUCCCUUUUCUCCAGAACUUUCCCAGUCAAAAGAUACCGCUGCAAAACAAUGUGUGAAAGAUGCUGCUGACCAAGAUAAGUUGAGCUCAAGCUUGUUAAAUAACUCAGAAUUGCCAUCCGUUGCAAGCACCAGAGGAACUGAAGGAAUGAAGGUGAGAAGAAAUCAAGAAGUUAAGGCAAUUGCAGCAGCAAAGGAACCUAAAAAAUUGUCAGAUGAUCAACCUUGCUAUUGCUCUCGCAGGGAAAGCCUUUCACAAGAAUCUCCUCAGCCCUUGAGACAAAGUAUCAUGACUAAUUCAAUGUUUCCUUCAAAAGGAAAGCAGAUUGUAUCCAACUUGCUCAUUAGGCCAACCAUCUGCUCGUCUUCUAGUGCUUUUCAUUGUUUGAAAACUGGUGAAAUGUCCGCCCGCACCCUGGAGUCACCAACUGAAGCCAUUUCAACAGAAGUUUCUUCAGAUUUUGCUUCUAAACUCCCACCAGGGAGUGAUUUUGGGUCGCCAAACUCAUAUUCUCAGGCUCAGGGUCAGGCCACUUCCAAUCCAAUAUUCAGGCUGAUGGGUAAGGAUCUGGUUGUGAAAAAUGAUGAGUUGGCACAACUUCCUAAAGUUCUUCCUUCUGAUUCGGACUACACCUCAACAAUGAAAUGUCUACCUCUUGGAUUUACUUCCACCAACACUGGCUUGAGCAAGGUUAGCUUCUCAUACGAACAACAUCAAAUUCCAAGAGGCUGUGCGACCCGCACCCAGGAUUCAUCAAAAGCUAAGCAGCAGGUAAGUGGCUUUGCGGGGGUUCCUUCAAUAAAGUCUCAGCAGAAGAGAGGAAAGAAACUCCGUUGUCCUCUGCCAUGUAGCAUAGAGACAACAGCUGCAUCUCAACAUCACCAAAAGCCUACUUCUUCUGCUCAAGCUCUCUACAGAGAUGUAAUUGUAAUCGAUGAUUCUCCUGAAGUUGAGGUUGAACCGAGCAGAAGCCUACCUAGUCCAGCACUAGCUUUGCCACCAGCUUUUCCAGGUUCCAAUCUUAUUCCUCCAAGGCCUUUCUCCUGCUUCCCGCCAAAGAGCCCAUAUGUGUCGAGAGAAGUCCUAGGAAUUGUCAGGCCUUCCUACUCGAUGUCACACCCAAUGGCUAAUGCUUAUACCCCAGUGAAGCAUGAUAACACUUCAGAAGGCUCGGUCCCUCGCAGCUCUUAUAUGUUCCAAUCAACUUCAACAGCCCAUCUGACACCAUCAUUGUGCUAUAGCCGGACCUUGCAAUGAAACUAUCUGAUAAUGGUUGAAAAUUAUCUGGGACUCGGGAGGCUUACAUUUUGCUUAAAAUUGGCAAUGAAGCCAGGACCUUCUCUUUUGUACACAGACUGAUUGGUCAUUGAGAUGCAGUAUGCAUGACCUGCGCUGAAAUCAUGACAGUGGAAACACUGAAUUCUGGAGUUCUGUAAUUGUUUGAAGUUCUAAUGGGACUGUCUUUUCAAAAGCAUGAAAAAUGAUAUCAAAUGUUGUCAUUGCCUUUCCGGAA